AUGACCAACAAUCGCAGGAUCGUUGUUUCCAUAGACUUUGGAACGACCUAUUCAGGCGUCGCCUGGGCUGACACGACUCGGCCUGAUGUUCAGCAUGUCGUGACAGAAUGGCCUUCAGCCGGCUCGUCCAAGAGCAGUCCGAAAGUGCCUACUGAACUCCGGAAGGUAGCAGCUGGAUGGCAGUGGGGUUUCCAAAUCCCCGAAUCUGCGAAAAGAAGUAAAUACUUCAAGCUGAAGUUGGAUGAUCCAUCUGGACUCACCAAAGAUGGAGAGUCAGCGAAGGACCUCACUAAGGUCUACCUUUCAUGCCUCCAGUCGCAUUUCGUUAGUAUUCUUGAGAAACGGCUGGGACCAAGUGUAGUUAGAUCGACGCCGAUGGACUUCGUCGUAACGGUCCCAGCUAUUUGGUCACCAAAGGCAAAGCAAUCGACAGAGCAAGCCGCAGCAAUGGCAGGAUUCUGCGGCAACCAGCGAAUCCAGCUCAUUUCAGAACCAGAAGCCGCAGCGCUUUAUACUCUCAAGACUCUCAGCCCUUCAACAUUACAAGUAGGCCGCAAGUUCGUUGUCUGCGAUGCAGGCGGCGGCACUGUUGACUUGAUUUCCUAUCAAGUCACGAGAACAGGCAGAGUUGAAGUCAAAGAAGUUACUGAGGGCACAGGUGGGAAGUGUGGUUCCUCUAUGUUGAAUAUGCGUUUUCGUCGGCACUUGAAGCAAGCUCAUGGCGAGAGAUACUGGACCGAUGAGAGACUUGUACCGGCUUUGAACGAAUUUGAGACGUUCAAGAAGACCUUUUCUCCCAAAGGCGAACCCUUGACUCUCAAGGUCGACCCCAGCCUUGGUCUCAAGCGAAAUCGAUACACCAUGUCACAGGAGGAUAUGAAGGCCAAAAUCUUUGAGCCUAUCAUGAAGGAUGUCGUGUGCCUCAUCAAGGAACAGAUCAGGAUGGCCGGAGACGGUGUUGCCGCUGUGAUCAUGGUUGGAGGAUUUGGCCAAAGCAAGUAUCUGAAGUCCCGUGUCAAGGAAGCUAUUUCGAGUCGUACCGAUGUCCUCCAACCAGAAAGCGGCUGGACAGCUGUGGUUAAAGGCGCCGCAAUGCAUGGACUCAGUCGAUAUCAGUCCUCAUCGACCAGAAUCGAAGUGGCAUCUCGAAUCGCUAGAAGAUCGUACGGAACAUGCUUGAUGACGAAAUAUGAUAUGAUGAAGCAUGACCGAAAAGAAGCAUUUUGGUCUGAGAAAGAGCAGGAAUCCGUCGUUUCCGAGAUGUGCUGGUUCAUUCAAAAGGGCGAGUCUUAUCCUGAGGGUAAACCGUCACGAAUAGAGUACCAAUGUGAUCUCCCCGUGACGGUUGGCCAUGCACCUCAAACCGAGAUCGACAUUUAUAGCAAUAACAAUGAUGGCAAGCCUCCGGUGCACCUUGAUGCAAGAACGCAGCAUAUCGGAACCCUCUCACUUGACCUUGGGAAGAUACCCGAAGCAGUUAAAAGGACGGCGAGGAUCAGGCGUAUGGGACACCACCAAUAUUAUUGCUUGAAAGGCGCCAUCGAAGCAGUGUACGGAUCAGCUGAAAUCACGUACACUGUUAAGCUUGGAGGAAUCACACAUGAUAUGAUUAGUGUGCGAGCGGUUGUUUCUGACCAUGGGCAAAUGGCUGGUGGAUAUGCCGCUGGACCGCCUCCAUCGACUCUAGCUGCACAGCUCGUGGAGAAUAUUUCGGCAUCAACAAAAUCCUCCAAAUCAGAUGAGAAUAGUGAACUCAAAGGCUUUUUUGCCAUCAUCCAGCGCGUCAAGGAUGAUCCUGAACUUUUGAAGACCCCAGAGGAUCGAGUUGAACAUAAUCACAUGCUCAUUUACGUCUAUUCGAGAGCCGUCCUCGAAGGUAUUCGAUUAGACGAUCCGUUUCUUGACCGGGCACAAGUACGAACGGAAGCCCUAAAAGCAAUCAACUUUCUGAGAUUCUCCAUCAAAGAGACACCUGCUGUGCUCAAGCACAAAGUUAAUAGCCAAGAAUAUAUGUUCCGCGGACAGGAGCCACUGUGGAUAUGGCUUCUUCCUCAACUGCUCAGGCUCCUUGGCCACGCUCAAAGUCUUGAACUCACAGAAGCCAUUGAGAGCUUUCUUCAAAAUACAAUGCUAAUUAUAGCGCAGAACUGGAGUUUAUGGGACAUUGCUCCUGCGUUGCUGUUUUAUUUACGUACCAUUACUUCUCACCCUCUUGUCGUACCUGAUGUGGAGGAAACCUUCAGAACGCUAUCCUUACCCCCGGAACUUGCUCUUGGCCGAUAUGUUGACAAAAGCUCGCCCUUGAUCAGCCAAUUGACGUAUUCCGUCGACCGGAUGCCACAUGCCUUGCAACAGCUCAUUAGCUUCUGCAACGUGUUGGCUUAUCCUAUUAUAUCUACAGAAAAGACCCUACAUACUGUGGUAUCUUUCUCAGAGAGCGCAGUAUGGCUGAUUGAUGUUUUGGGGGAUAUGCAAGCUGUUCGUCACCGUCAUGGACGUGCAUUUCCGGCGUCUUCACUCCACAUCCUCCAAAUAACCAUUCGAAUUGAGAGAGCAUUAUCGAGAAAAACAGGAGUGACCGCCUCGAUUCACAAAAAGGCCGUCACUCUUUUGAUCCUUCUCUGCGGCGACUUGGCAACAAGCUUGAGCGCCUCUGCGAUGUUAAACCCUAAUGAUGAGGAAACUCGUCGCACAUAUGUCCUGGCUCUAGCUAUAAUCACAGCAACAUCGGUCAAGGACAGGUCGAUUGGACGACUGGCGGUUUCCAGUCUUGUAGAUGAAUCCUCCAUGUUUUACUCUGCUAUGCCUGAAGGAACGGACAUCUGGAGAGUAACACAGAUGCUGAAGCAAGUCAAUGCCGGUUCUAAAUCACAAUCACUCAGCUCAAAUAUACAUCCAACCAAGUUCGAGGAUAGGGAAGUGCGUGAGAUAAUUGAGGCGCUGGCUUUGACCUACGACGCGCCUGACGAAAACUCACAAGAUCGCUCCAAGCGUCGCAAAGUAUCGCAGGUGGAUUCUAGUCCUAUGGCUACUCUAUGGAGCUCCUUGGGAGUCCACUUAGGGCUGACGGAUGUUGACGACGGCUUUCCGAAUCUUGAACAGCAAUUCCUCCGUUCAAUCCCCUAUGCGGCAACCAUUCUGAAGUCUCGAGUUGAGUCACUUUUUACGAAGCUGGUCCGACUGCCCGUUCUCGCCGAGUCUCGGCGCCCGAGAGUUGCUGCCAUGAUGGCACUACGGAAGGUGAUUCUGCAUUGUGAUGAUGCCGAGUUGCUCAAUCUAGAAACAUCUGGAUUGGGUCAAUGGUGUCUCCAGUCUCUAAACAGCUCGAUGAGAGAACUUCGCAUAGCCGCAGGAAGAGUUCUCGCUACUUUCUCUUUGACUAGGCCCGAGCCUGUUCUAGCAAGUAUUGUUCUACCAGCUCGACCGGCAGAUGGAAGUGAUGCUAAAACUGCACGACUAAAACAAUUCCAAGAGCCUUCUUCUCCCCAUGGUAAUGUGGACUCAAACGCAGCAGACGGAUCGUCAUCGAUGAAACGCCAGGAUUUAAUAUCACGUAAUAGAAAGAACUCGAUUGCAUUGUUGAAAUCGAUUUCGGACAAGAACCCGCCAAAUUUGACAGAAACAUUCAUCAUGGCAUGGGGCCAACUGGGUACAGUUGUCUGGGAGCACGAACUCAACCUGGUCCUCAUUAAGCUUCUGGAAUAUUUGGGAAGCAGUAAUAAUGUGGUUUCGGCCUUUGCGUUCAACGAGCUUUUGAAUUUAGCAGAAGCUCGCCGAGUGACUCCGCGACGGCUCUUUGAGCCCUUUUGGCCGAAUCUUGCAUACAUGGCCACCAGGGAUAUGGUUCAGCGUCCUCAGAUGAGCCGGACGAUUGCUGAACUCCUACAAGUAUCAGUCAACGAGCUGCUUCUCCUAAUUCAAACACACGCACUGCCGUGGCUUGUGCUUGAUAAGCAAAAAGACGUCAUUCAAAAGAUUGCUGAGGCUCGACAAGAGGCCGAAAUUUGGCUACCCCUGAUUGACCCUGCGAAUUUAGCAGCUACUCUAGCAUUGCUUUUAAUACAAGAUACUGAGGACAUUGCAGCGUUUGCAAAAUCACGCCUUGACGAGUUAUCAGCACAUUUCGAAACUGAAACACUUGUUAGCCUUCUUCAGGUAGAACCAGUGCUCACUGUCAUGGAAUUGUUGAAAGCAGCCGGCGACUCAGAUGAAUCCAAGAAGGCACCCAUUCGGAAAGCUCUGGAAACCAUGGCACAGAUGCUACUGCCUCCAAGCAAAGAAACCCGCUCUAAGAAAGGGGAUCAUACUGCUCGAUUUAUUCACUCCUCUCUUCUUGGACUCAUGGCGCGGCUCUUCGAUGUAAUUAACGAUCAUAACCUUCCAGAUCCAGAGCGCCGAUGUUAUAUUAGAGCCAUGGAAGAAAUGAUCAGAGUAUCAAGGGGUAACGCCAGCACCGCUAGACCUCAGAUAUCUGCUUGUUUACUCUCCACGCUUGCGCAAGAUGCUUUGAGAGAAGCCAGUUUCUCUUGUUGGGCGUCAAUGCUCACCCAUCUUGGCCAGGAGGAUGUCGAAGCGUUGCUAGAGACAACGUUUUUCAUUGUUACUCGUUACUGGACUUCGAUGAACAAGCCCACGACCCUUCUUGCUCAUCGGACGCUUCAAUUGUUGGUCGAUAAGUUCGAAACUCUUGUCGCAAAGUACAUUAUCAAAUUACCUUCGCUUCGACACAUUCCUGAGCUCAAAGAUAUCGAGAUGAAACUGGAUCAACACAGGCCAGCAGCACUUGCAGUUGAAGAAAUUCUUGAGUCCUUUGCUGAGAGAAUCCGCCACGAGAACACGGGCGUCACGCUUCAAGCACUGACAGAAUUGGUUCCGUAUCUAAAAGAAAACCAAGCAGCUUUACACACUUCCGAUGCCAGUCUACAAUCAGAUGCUGGCGUUGUUACACUUGUUCGAUCUCUCCUUGAUUGCACUUGCAAGUACAAUGGCCUCCCAGGAGACAUUGCGCGCCUAUGUACAGAGGCCCUAGGCCUGAUAGGCUGCCUAGAUCCCAGCAAGACCGAGACCGUAAAAGAGCAGAGGUCUAUCGUGAUAUUGAACAACUUUGUGGAUAAUGAAGAAACUACUGAUUUUGUCAUUUUUCUUCUGGAAGAGGCCAUAGUGCCAGCUUUUCUGUCCACUACUGAUGUCAAGUUCCAGGGGUUCCUGUCCUUUGUUAUGCAGGAGCUCACGAGCAGGUGUGAUCUCAAUGCCGCAUGUGCCAUGGCAACCAGUGGCAUGUCUGGAGCUAACGAUAUUUAUCGCAAAUGGAUUGCGAUGCCGGAAGCCAUCCGAGAAGUGGUCAGUCCAUUUCUUACUUCCAAGUAUGUUGUCGCCCCGAUGGCACACACGGAAGUUAGCUACCCUAUUUUCCGUCCUGAACGGUCAUAUGGAAAUUGGCUGAGACAUUAUGUGGUAGACCUUCUCCGGAAAGGGCAGACCCCUUUUGCGGAUUUAAUAUUCGAACCUUUGGCGCGUGUUAUUCGUGUUAGGGAUCUUGCCAUUGCAGAGUUUAUCCUGCCCUAUAUUGUAUUACAUACUCUGCUAGGGUCACGUGCUACUCAGAAGGAUAGGGAGAAUGUCCUCGGUGAACUUCUUGCCAUUUUAGAGCAUCAACCCGGAGAAGGAGCGUCUUACCUGGAGAAAGAGGAUGUGAAGCGGUUUUGUCACGCCGUUUUCCGCAUCAUUGACUAUGCGAUGAGAUGGAUGCAAACCAAACGAGCAUCCGGCCGGCUCACUGAGUCUGAUAAGGAAAGGCUGACUCAAGUACAAGAAGCCCUCGACAAAAUUCCAGCUGAAUUGAUCGCACAAAGGGCUGUCGAUUGCAAUGAUUACGCUCGAGCACUGUUCCAUUUGGAGCAACACGCGCAGAAGAUGGAGCAACGAAAGAGGCAGCCUGGGGAACGCAUACGUCUUUUACAGAAAUUGCAAGACAUGUAUGCCAAUGUUGAUGAACCUGACGGGCUUGACGGAAUCUCAGCUCACCUACAGGUUCUUGACCUUAACCAGCAGAUUCUAAGUCAUCGCAAAGCUGGUAGAUGGACUGCCGUGCAGAACUGGUACGAGAUAAAACUAGCGAAAGAGCCUGCCAACACGGAUGCACAGAUCGAUUUGCUGCAUUGCUUGAAGCAAGCCGGCCAACACGAGGCUCUGUUGAAUCAUGUCGAGGGUAUGCAAACCGACGCAUCCACGGACAACAAGAUCAUGCCAUAUGCGGUAGAAGCAGCGUGGGUCACAGGAAGAUGGGAGAGCCUUACAAAAUUCGCUAAACGAUUUCCUGGAGACAUCAUUGAGGAUUUCAACGUAUCAGUCGCAACUAUCUUUGACAAACUCAUGGCCAAGAAGAGGCCUGAGGAACUGUCUCUGAUUAUGAACGAAAUACGAGUUAAAAUUUCAUCGUCGAUGAAUGCUGCGUCCACAUCAUCUCUCCAGGCCUGUCAUGAUCUCCUCCUCAAAGCCCAUAUUCUGACAGACUUGGAAAUCAUCAUCGGCACCAAAGGAGGAGAUGAAGCCGCCCGACAAAGUACCAUGGCGCUCCUAGACAGACGACUUGAGAUUAUAGGGGCUUACAUGAAUGAUAAGCAAUACCUCCUUGGCAUUCGACGUGCUGCCAUGGAGUUGAACAGACCAAAUUUUACCAAUCUAGACAUUUCUGGACUCUGGUUAUCGAGCGCACGACUCGCCCGGAAGUCGAACUCCUUACAUCAAUCUUUCAAUGCUGUGUUACAUGCUUCGCAGUUAGGUGACGACGCAGCGACUAUUGAAAAUGCUAAGCUUCUUUGGAGAGAGGGCCAGCACCGAAAAGCAAUUCAAGUUCUGCAGGGAGCAAUCAAGAGCAACAAGUUUAUGACACAAACAGGUACAGCCACCAGCACAAACACCAACAAACUAAACCCGCAGCAGAAGCUCUUAACAGCUCGAGCACAGCUGCUCCUUGCCAAGUGGCUGGACAGUGCCGGACAAACGCAUGCAGGCGCCUUGCGUGAAAAAUACCAACAACCGCCGAAGACGUUUGCAACGUGGGAAAAGGGCCACUACUAUCUCGGCCGACACUACAAGAAGAUUCUCGAGGCUGAGAAGCCCCUUAAAGCUGAAGAUCAAAGCGACAAUUACAUAACUGGUGAGGUGGCCAGACUUGUCAUAGAGAAUUAUGUGCGGUCACUCAACUCGGGUACCAAAUACCUCUAUCAAACUCUUCCAAGAAUUUUAACUCUCUGGCUCGAUCUUGGAGCACAAGUGGACAAGGCACCAGAAGGCAAAGCGUCGCUCUCUCGUGAACUUCAUCGACGGCGUGUUGAGCAGCUCAACCUACUACACUCCUUCCUCGACAAAUACAUCCAUAGGCUACCGGCGUACAUCUUUUACACUGCCUUGCCACAGAUUGUUGCGCGUAUCGCUCAUCCCAACCCGCAUGUAUUCGACCGUUUGACGCACAUCAUUGUGAAGGUCGUUGAAGCACACCCUCGCCAAGCCCUUUGGAGCUUGAUUGGAAUCAUGACGACCAGACAAGUAUCGGAACGAAAAGCGAGGGGAACUCAGAUUCUUCAAACACUCAGAAACAUAUCUAAGAAAGUGGAAGGAUCCUCGACCGACUUUAAGCACCUACUCAGGAUGGGGGAGAAAUUGGCCGAGCAGUUGCUUUUGGCGUGUCAAAAUGGAGACUUCCGCGGCAACAAAACUGUCCACGCCAGUCUAAGCAGGGAUCUUCGAUUCCAUCACAAGUGCACUCCUUGCCCAUUAGUUGUGCCCGUCGAGAGUUCUUUGACAGCAACGUUACCGGCAGUGUCGGAGUAUGUUAAGAAACACAAAGCGUUCUCCAGAGACGUGGUUACAAUCGAUUCUUUCCUUGAUGAUGUUUUGGUGCUGAGCUCAUUGGCUAAGCCAAGACGGCUCACGGCGCGAGGUAGCGAUGGGAAGAAUUACAUGCUUCUCAUCAAACCCAAAGAUGAUCUGCGAACAGAUCAACGUCUCAUGGAGUUCAACGGAUUAAUCAAUCGAUCGUUGAAACGGGACGUAGAGUCCAGUCGAAGACAGCUUUAUAUCCGAACUUACGCUGUAACGCCACUAAACGAAGAAUGUGGAAUCAUCGAAUGGGUGCCAGGGAUCAAAACCAUGCGAGAUAUUAUGAUCGGCCUCUAUAACUCUCGGAAGAUCUAUCCCGAUUACACAGUUCUAAAGCAACUUAUGGAUGAAGCAUGUCUUUCCGAUGGCAAAACCAGAAUUUUCACAGACGAGGUUCUGGGCAGAUUUCCUCCAGUUCUUCAGCUAUGGUUCACGCAACAGUUCCCGAACCCGUCAGCAUGGUUUGCUGCAAGACUGAAAUACACACGAUCAUGUGCAGUCAUGUCCAUGGUGGGUACCAUCCUGGGGCUUGGUGACAGACAUGGCGAGAAUGUGAACUUGGAGGAGGGCAAUGGUGGGGUGUUCCAUGUCGACUUCAAUUGUCUCUUUGACAAAGGCUUGACGUUUGCGAAGCCUGAGCGAGUACCGUUCCGACUUACUCACAACAUGGUAGCUGCGAUGGGCAUUUACGGCUAUGAAGGGCCAUUCCGCAAAUCUUGCGAGCUGACUCUCAGCAUCCUUCGUCAACAAGAAGAAACACUAAUGACGAUCCUUGAAGCUUUUAUAUACGAUCCCACGCUGGAUCUGCAGAAAGAAAAACGCACGCAUCGGAGAGGAGAUGUAGGCGUCAAACUUCAGCCCCAGAGCGUUGUGGACAGCAUCAAACGAAAAGUCAGAGGGUUGCUCCCAACUGAAAGUAUACCCCUAGGAGUUGAAGGUCAGGUGGAAGAAUUGAUAAAACAAGCGGUUGAUCCCAGAAACUUGGCUGCGAUGUACAUAGGCUGGUGCCCGUUCCUGUAA